GGGUCGGUCCGGGCCAUGGCGCAGGCGGCGCUGAGCGUGGCGGGGCUGCACUUCGAUGAGCUGAACAAGCUGCGGGUCCUGGACCCCGAGGCGGCGCAGCAGACGGCGCAGCUCCGCGAGGAGUGCGGGGCCUUCCUGGACAAAAUAGCUGAAUUCCAGAAGAUAGUGGGGAGCUUGAUUGAGCUUGUGGAUCAGCUGGCAAAAGCUGCAGAAAGCGAGAAGAUGAAGGCCAUCGGUGCGCGGAACCUGCUGAAGUCUAUAGCAAAGCAGAGGGAAGCUCAGGAGCAGCAGCUUCAGGCUUUAAUAGCUGAGAAGAAGAUGCAGCUGCAGAGGUACCAGGUAGAGUACGAGACUCUGUGUAAAAUUGAAGCUGACCAGAACGAAUUCAUUGACCAAUUCAUUUUCCAGAAAUAGAGGAUUUUAAGAUAAAACCAAACUUGACCAUUCCAGAAUCUUGACAACUUCAAAAUAUGCAAUUUUUCACUGUGUAUGACUGAAGAGCUUGUCUGUACCAAUGGAAGUGUUUGAAUUCAGAGUGACUUACACUACGAGUGGCAAUAAGGAGGGCUUUCUAACGGGGUGAAGACUGUUGUGUCUUUUGAUUUUGUAAGUUUUGUACAGUCUACUUCUAAUCCAAAUUACAGUUGAAUUGAUACUGCU